GGAGAAAAAUGCGAGGACUGAGAUUUGGUAUGAUAUAACUAUAAAAGACUAGCCAGCGAAAUGUUCAUUUUAUUUUAUUAUAUUUUAUUUUAUUUUCUCUCCCCUUUGCUUUGCCCAAAAUAUAGAAUUAAGCGUAUGUCUCUUUUGACUUGAAAGCUACUCACACGUGGCUCAUUUUACCACACCGCAUUGUGUACAAAGGGGGGUGUGCGUGGAGGUAGGCACACGCAUGCACAUGUGAAGGCGCACGAGAUAGAGUACCCGCAUGCCCACUCAAACAGAUGUAUGCGUGACGGGAAGCACACCCUGGAAACCACCCCGUGCGAAACUAGACACGCUUUCCACACAUACUCAUAACGGUUAACCAAGCAAACGUGAGGUUACGACACUCCUAGUUUUAUUAGAAUAAUCUGCCAAAACGCACUGCACAGGAAUUGAGUCAAGCUGUGGAAAUCUUCCCCCCUCCUUUGCCUAUGUCAGACGGAUGAACGAAACCGGGGUACAUUCUUUUUUUGACUAAAGAUGUCCUAAGGGAUUUUCUCCCACCACGUAGGGGAAAGCUCAUUAUAGACUUCCAACUCAAUAUGAAUAUUUUAAAUAUAAAAAAAAAAAAAAAAAAAAUAUUUUCCGAUGACGAAGAGAGUGACAAAGCGGAUGGAGAGGGGGAGCAGGCAAACGGGGCACACGAACAGCAAGGGGCGGAAAAGGAAGAAUAUGCGAAUGUGAAGGAGCAUGCUCAGUGCGAUGGUGGCGGUGAUACAGCGGAGGCAGCACCCGAUGUGGCUGCCUAUGUAGCGGCGGAUGGUGAGUCAAAGCAGCACACAGUGCCCGAAGGGACAUCAGAAAAGGCAAACAGUGAGGAAAACGAUGAAGCAGUCCGUGAGGAAUCCGAUGAGGCAGUCCGCGGAGAAGGCGACGAAGCAGGUGCCGUGCCAAACGUGGACGCAGCAAAUGGAGGCGAUGUCCCGCCGGAGGGAGAGGAACAGGAGCAGCACCCCAGCAGCAAUAAAGAUGAAGAAGGGCUAAACAAAAAAAAAAAAAAAUUGCGAAGGUUGAAAAAAUGCACUGACGAAAGUGACACUAAGGAGGGUACACAGGAGGCAGGUGAGCAGAAGGUGGUUCGUAAAAUUAGUAAAAAGAAUUUUAUCGUAAAGGGUGGCGUACACCAAAGAGGGGGAGAACACGUCGACGAGGACGGCGAUGGAAAGUCCCCUCCUGACGAUGGACACGAAGCUUCCCUGGGGGAGAAGAAGAAGAAGAAGAAAAAAAAAAAGGAGAAGGGAAAGGCCAAAGGGGACAAGAAGCACGAAGCGAAGUACGACGGAGACACUAACUUGAAUGAAGGCGCCAACUCCGAUGCGAGCUACCGCGAUGGAGAUGAUCAAGGCGGAAGUGAAGAGGAGGAUGACGACGAUGACGACGAUGACGAAUACGGGGGAUUCCACUCCGAUGACCACUCGGGCAGUGAACCGGAGGAGGAAGACGAGCUCUCCCAAGGAGAGAGCGACGAGGAGGAAAAGAGGAAGAAGUCGCGAAGAAAGAAAAAGGCAGGAGGGGGUACCCAAAAGAAGAGCGAGCCAAAAGGGAACGAAUCCAAAGGAGAUAAAGACGGAGACGGCACAGCACAAGUGAAGGAAAAAAAAAAGAAAACGAAAAACUCCAAGUUGAUGGAAGAUAUCAAUCCAGAUGAGGACAAACUGAAAUUAAAAUUAAUUUGCAUGUCCUUUCAUAAAAAGGAAUACACCAUUGAAGAGUUUAUUUUAGAAAGUUUGAAGGUAAUAAUUCCUCAGUAUAAAAGGGAGGUGUUCCUCAACCAAGAGAACCUGAUCAUUGACAGUACCAGCCGGGAGGAUUUGAAAAACCUGGAGGUCUUCUGGUUCGACAGGCUGACAAGGAACAGGCGCCGCAGCAUAAUCAGCUGCUUCACCACGUUGGGUAAGCUGGGCCUCGGGGGGAAGGCAACAAAUGGGGCGGGCGCGCCUGAAAAUGUGAUGAGUACGUCUGAUAAUGUGAUGAGCAUGUCUGAAAAUGUGACGAGCGCGCCCGAAAACGGAGGGGACGCUUCGCAAAACGGAGGGGCCGCCUCGCAAAAUGGAGGGGCUGCCUCUCCAAACGGAGGAGUCGCCCCCGAAAAUGCAGCCAGCGCGGGGAACGCCCCCCUGGAGCAGAUAUUCACCAAGAAGAAGGACCAAAUAAUAGUGGACCACCUGGCUGCGCUCUGCACACAGCAAGUGAAGCUAGUCAAGGAGUACAUCUCCUACGUGAGGAAAAAUAUAUUUGACCUAUCGUCCAUCUCAGAAAACAACGAAAAAAUAAAAGAACUGAAUAUCCUAGAUCCGUUAAAAAGGAGGGAACUUUUCUUUUACCUUAAUUUGUGCAUCUCUAUGAAUUACAUUCAAGAGCAGGCCCCAAAUGUGUACGCCCUCCCAAACGAUCUCUCCCCAGACAUUAGAGGCUUCAAUUUGCACCCCAUGUUUUCUCACAUCAAUAAGAAAAAAAAUGAACAAAGAAGAGAGAAAGCUGGAAAUCCUUGGGAAAAAUUAAAAUUGCUAAAAAAAUCCCAAAAGACGGAUGCGGCAAAUAAAAGUAGCGACGCGAGUAUGCGCAAAGGUGAUGUACCUGCACAAGUGAGUACAAAAAAAAAUGAAACAAAUGAGGAGGAGGCAGAAGGAGAUGAAAAUGAGGAAAAUAAAAAAAACAACAAACACACAGAUGAUACUGAAAUGGUUAACAAAAAAACGCUGGAAGAUGAAGAAAAGAAAAAAAAAGCAUUAGAAGAAAUGAAAAAGAAAAAAAAAGAAAAAGAUGAAAAAAAAAUUUACAACGUUUAUUCUCUGCUCGAAUCAGCUGCCCAAUAUUUUGGCGAAGGCCCAAAGUAUUCCAACCCUAAUAUGCAUGAGUUUUACAAGUCAAAUAAUAAUCAACUCGUUUACAUUAAACCACCGGGAAACAUAGACGAGAAGAACAUCUUAAUAAAUUAUUUUUUGCAAUUCCCAAGCAUCACCAAAAAGCUAGAAUAUAAUAAAAGAAGAAUCUACGCGGAGAAUUAUGGGCUUGUUCGGAUUAUUAAAAAUAGCGAAAAUCUCCCCGUCAGUUUUUCUUUGAAUACGCACCCCUGGCUGUUAGAGCCGUAUGAGGAGCUGUGGAAGGAGCAGAACAAAUUGAAUAACUUUGGCAUCUUCAACAUGGCCAAUUUGUUGCGCGACGACGACGACGAUCUGCUCAGCUUCGAGAGCAACCAGUUCUCCUUCACCAGGGGGGAGGCGCAAAAGGUGCAAGCGGUGAAGGGGGAAGCGGUGAAGGGGGAAGCGGUGAAGGGGGAAGCGGUGAAGGGGGAGGCAGUGAAGGGGGAAGCGGUGAAGAUAGAGGGGGUGAAAAUGGAGGGGGUGAAAAUGGAGGGGGUGAAAACGGAGGCUAGAAAGACAGACACUUCAAAAGUAGACACUGCAGAGACAGCCGCUUCAAAGACAGCCGCGCCGCAGAAGGGGGACGCCAAAUGUGACGCGCCCCAACCGGAGGGACCGCCCCCCCGCACGCCCAACGAACCGGGCGAACAAACGGCCGCACUGCCCACCGAAAUGAAAGUAAUUGAUAGCAAAAGGAAAAGCGAUUUUCUAACGAAAAAAAUUAAAAAGUUCUGCUCGAAUGAGGACUCGAAGCAGCUAAAACUGACGUCCUUUCUGAGUAGAGAAAAGGUCAGCAAAAAUGCAGACGUGGUUAAAAAAGGGGAGAGCGAACAACCAGGGAAGGAUAAGCCCCCCCCAGGAGAGACAAGCAGAGGGGUAGGGGGAAACCCAAAGGAGGAGCAACCCGGUGAAGAGCCCCCACAAGACAAUGAAAAAGAAGACGCAGAAUACAUUAAAAUAAAGAAAAAAAAAAAGAGAGUACUAGACGACGAAGCGAUUAAUGAGAUAAAUGACAGCCAGGCGGACAAAGACACCAAUAAGGGCUCCCACGUGGACCAAAUAAAUGGAAGAGAUCGCGAGCCAAGUGGGUCCACUGCCAGUAAUAAUCCCGACUGGGUUAAGGAUUACGAUGUGGCUCAAAACGGUCAUGGUGAGCAGCCCGAAGGAAGUGUGCGAAUAAAAAAAAAACUAAAAAGGAAGCUGGUCCAGGGGGAAAACGACAUCGGUUACGACGCUGAUGAUGGGGGUGAGGACGAUGGGCAUGACGACAAUGCCCACGAUGACGAUGACGCAAAGGGAAGUGAAAACCCAAACGAAGAUGAGCGCAACAACGAACAGGCACACAAAACGAACAACCAUCUGUAUGCAGCUUUGAAGGAACGAUUCGCGAAGGAAAAGAAGAGGCUACGGGACGACAAGAUGCAGCACGUCUUCGAGUUGGAGGCAGAGGAGAGUGACGACGAAAAUAUUGAGGACCCCGAAGAAAGGAAGAAGGCGCAGCUGCUAAAGGGGAAGAAGAACCAGGCAGAGGAGACCGACGAUGAUGAGCAGUACAACAGCGAGGGACUUAACGAAUUCAUAAACAACGAAGAAUACAACAGCGAUAACGAAGUUGUGAAGCUUAAGCACAAACAGGAAAUGGAACAACUGGAGGAGGAUAUAUUUUUAAAGAAGUUCACCUACCAGGGGAAGGAAUUUAACCACGAACUGACAAACAGGGAAAAGCUAGAAUUAGAAAGAGAGCGGCAAUUACUACGAAGGAAAAAAUUGCUAUUUGAUAAAACGUUAGGACAUGUGAAGCUGAGUGACUUCGAGUCAGACAGCAGCACAAGCAGUAACAACAGCUCCAAGAAGAGAAUUAAAAACACCCUGUAUGAACCGUUCACCGAACUUGAAAAUGCCAAGCUGUCCAAGAGGAACCAUCACUCCGUUGGUGGUGGGGCUUAUAAUGAAGGAGCCUUUAACAAGGGGGAGUACCAUGCAGACAAGGAGGGCGAGCACAGAAGGAAGCAGAUCCAAGAAAAAAUGGACAACGUCAUGUACACGAAGGAGAUCAAAACGAACGAGGGGAAACGAAUCGUAAUCAAGAAAAAGAGGAAAAUCCGCUUCCACCAAGACUUGUCCGACGUGACAGUCACGGAGGAGGAGCAGGUGGACGCCUAUGAAAAAACGAAGAAGAAACCGAAAAAGGUAAAUGCCAACUUGGUUGAGCAACCCAAGUCGUCAGCUGUCACUAUUCCCAACAAGGGAAUGAAUCAUAACAACAAGGCCUCCAUCAAAUGGAACAGCAACAUAAAGGACAUCAGCGAGCUGGACACCCCCACGAAUAGCGAAGUCUUUAAGGGCUUCCGGAAGGUCGAAAAUGCGCAGUGA